AUGCCUCUCGCUGACAUAUUUAGGAAGGGGAAGGUCAAGGCGCCCGCUGAGGCGGUGGAGAAGUUCAUUCAGGCGGCGAGCCGACAAGCGCAGGGAGGCAAGGAUGCAGCCAAGGCCAAGGAGGACGUAGUCAAGUACAUGGGCCACCUCAAGGUGCUGCUCUUCGGGAACGGCGAGGACCAGAAGGCGACGCUGGAGGACGCGCUGGCCGUGGCGACCAGCGGCUGCGAGCACGGCCUCCUGCAGACCCUGGUCACGUCGCUGCAGGACUUCGACUUCGAAACCAAGAAGGACGCCGCCCAGGUGUUCGGUGCUCUGGUCAGGAUGCGCGAGGGCGAUAGUCCCGGGGCGAACUACGUCCUGGAGCGGCCCGAGCUGCUCCUGCAGCUCGCCGACGGGUACUCCACGAGCGAGCUGGCCCUGAACUGCGGCAACAUGCUGCGCGACGCCACGCGGCAGGCGGUGCUGGCCGAGCUCAUGCUGCGCAACGGCAUGUUCAAGAAGCUGGCCACCUUCAUCCAGAACCCCUCCUUCGAGGUGUCCUCCGACGCGUUCUCCACGUUCAAGGAGCUGCUCCUGCGGCACCCGGACGUGUCGGGCCCGUACCUGGCGGAGCAGUACGACGACUUCAUGUCGGUGUACAAGGACCUGCUGAGCUCGGAGUCGUACGUGACGCGGCGGCAGGCCCUGAAGCUCCUGGGGGACCUGCUGGGUUCGCCCGCGUGCGCGCCCUUCAUGGUGCGGUUCACCAACACGCCGGAGAACCUGAUCCAGGUGAUGAUGCAGCUCCGCGACGAGAGCCGCCACAUCCAGUACGAGGCCUUCAUCGUCUUCCGCGCCUUCAUGGUGGCCUACCAGACGCGCCACCUGCGGGACCCCAACACGCUCGCCAUCCUGCUCCAGAACAAGGCCAAGCUCCAGUCCUACAUAUCCAAGUUCCAGCUCGAGCGCGACGCCGAGGACGAGACCUUCGCCGAGGAGCGCGAGGCCAUCGUGAACAUGAUCGAGGGCCUCAGCGUCAGCGACUGCAAACAGGCCAUCAAGAGCGAGAACUCCCGCGGCGGGUCCGGCGCCGCCGACGGAUCCACGCCGCGCCUCAGCGCCAGCGCGUCCGCGUCCUCCAUCGUCGCGCGGGCCUUCCCGAGGUGGCCCUGGGACCGCGCCAGCUCGAAAGACAACCUGCCACGGCACAGGCCGCUCCCGACGACCCUGUACCGCAAGGUGGACGAGGACGCGCUUCCCGAGCACGGCCACAGCCUCACGUACAAAGACAGGACGUGCGACCCGCGGGUGCAGGACUGCCAGGUCGCGAUGCACGUGUGGGAGGACAGCUGCACGGCGUGCAAGGGCCACGGGACGGUGAUCGCGUCGAUGGGGACCCGGCGGCGGCGGUCGUGGUACGCGUGCCCGACGUGCCACGGCCUGGGGUACGUGCGCCGCAUCUCGUCGCGCGUGGACCCGGAGGGGCACGAGCUGGAGAUGUCGCUGCUGCGCCCCCGGCAGGCGCGGAUCGAGAAGGCGCCGAUGAAGAACCUGGACGCGAGCGAGAUCCGGCGGAUGUUCGGCGCGAGCGCCAUGCAGUCGGACCUGCUCCAGGCGGCGCUGGAAGGCGCGCGGGCCGCCGAGCGCCAGCAGCAGGAGCACGUCCAGGCGGGCGUCGACAGCGUGAGCGGCGACUUCAGCGUGAGCGGCGACACCUUCAGCGCGAGCAUCGACGCCAACGGCAACGAGGGCAACGGCAGCGGCCCCGCCCGCUCCCGGGGCGCCGAGAGGCUCACCGCCUACAUCAACCGCAGCCGCAGCCACGCGUCGACGUCGACGUCGAACGGGUCCGGGGCGCCGUCCUCGAACGGAGCCGCGCACCCGCAGGCGACCAUGAGCGUGGACGAGCUGCUGCUGGGGUCGCUCGACGAGUCCGGCAUCGAGGUGUAG